UGAUGUCACUCGUGGCGGGGUGAUCGACCAGUUGUAUAUAACAACUCCUAUGAGUGACCCAGAAGAACCUAAGUACUUUGGUUCUACCCAUCGGACCGUCUCCAACCUGCUGACAAAUCAAGCUGCCUCGAGACGAUGCUCAAAUUUCUAUCUAUACAGAUUUACAACCACCACUUUCUCACCUUCCCCGCCAUUCAACCACUCUGACUCUUGUCUGAUCAUCCCUAGAUAGCUGCACAAUACAUCCACCCAUCACCAUGACCAAUUUCAACAUCCAGAUCAUCUCCGACACCAUCUGUCCGUGGUGCUACAUCGGCUUCCGCCGGCUCUCACGCGCCAUAACCCUCCACAAAACGACCUACCCAAGCGACACCUUCACCCUGACCUGGCACGCAUUCUACCUGAAUCCCGCCUCCCCCGCAUUCCCCGGCCUCGAGAAGACGGAAGCCUACGCGACGAAAUUCGGCCGGGACCGGGCCUUCGCCAUCUUCGACCGGUUGACGGCGGUGGGCCGGACGGAAGGGGUGCAGUUCAGUUUCGGGGGGCGGACGGGGCGGACGCGCGAUUCGCAUCGGGUGGUGUGGUGGGCGGGGAAGAAGGAGAAGGAGGGGGAGGGGGAGGCAUCGUUGGAGGGGAGUCUGGUUGGGGGGCUGCAGACGAGGGUGGUGGAGAGGUUGUUCCGGGCGUAUUUCGAGGAGGAGAAGAACAUUACGGAUCCCGAGGUGUUGGUGGAGGCGGCGGUGGGGGCUGGGCUGGAGAGGGAGGCGGUGGUGAGGCUGCUUGAGUCGGAGGAGGGAGGCGCGGAGGUCGACUUGGAGGCGGAGCGGGCAAGGCGCCAGUUGGUGACGGGGGUGCCGUAUUUCAUGGUCCAGGGGCAGUAUGCGGUCGAGGGGGCCGAUGAGCCGGAGACUUUCUUGGAGGUGUUUGAGCAGGUCAAGAAGAUUGCUUGAAAGGAGAAAGACGAUCUAUAGGGAAUGGUUGGAAACAGAACAUGUUUUUACAUUGAUCGUUCUAGGUUUAAAUCAGGCAACGGACAUUUAUCGUGCGAUGCUCUUGAUAGCAAACAUGCAGACAUAACACACACACAGC